AUCUACUAUUUGUUUUGUCCUACUAUAAAUGACAAUAGGUUUUACCGGGCUUAAAUUCUUCCCGGCGAGUCCACUGAUUUUCCGGCCAGCCUUCCCAAUUGUCUUUGUUGUUACCCGUAAUUCGCCGUCGGCGGAAUCUGGCACCGUACCGGAGCUCCUUCUUCUCUCUCUCGUCAAGUUCAGGAAAAGAGGAAGCUUCGAUUCACUCCAACUGCCUGCUUUACCAUGAUCAUGGAGUCGUCUCCACCAAAGGGAAGUGUAACCAUCAAAAUCGAAGAUUUACAGCCUGUAAAUAACGGAAAUAAGAACACGAAUGACGAGCAGUACUGCCUCAAAGAGAAUGCCUUAGGCGGCUGGAGUUCGGCAUUUCUUUUGCUAGCAAACCAAGGCCUUGCAACACUAGCUUUCUUCGGAGUCGGAGUGAAUUUGGUUUUAUUCUUGACUCGAGUUCUUGGACAAGACAAUGCUUCCGCAGCAAAUAAUGUCAGCAAAUGGACCGGAACUGUUUACUUGUGCUCGCUCGUCGGAGCAUUCCUCAGCGAUUCUUACUGGGGCCGCUACCUCACUUGUGCACUUUUUCAAGUCGUAUUUCUCGUGGUAAUUAUUUAAUUAAAUAUACA